CGUUGACUUUGAUUCUUUGACAGUAAUCAGAUUAGACAUCAGUCUCUCGUUUACUCAAUAUAUAUUGAGCUGUUGUACAAAUCGUAUUAAGAUUCCACGAAGGAAUGUUAAAGGGCAGCCAUGGAUAUCAAAUGGAUUACAUCUAUUAACAGGAAAAUUAAACAGUGUGAAGAAACAAAAAAAAUUCCACAUGAUUUAGAAGUUCUUAAUCAAUUUGAAUUGUAAAGGAUUAAGUUAACAGCAAUUCUAAAAAUUCCAAGAAAUUUCCACUGUACAAAAAGAAAAUGGCGAACUUACAAAAAAAAGAUAUCGAAACAGUCGACCCGAUAGGGAAGAUAAGGUUUUGUCAAGAAAUGCACGGAUUUGAAGGCUACAAGAAAUAUUUUUGGCAUUGUGCUGCUAUAUUGAAGCUACUUAUCCUAAUAGGAAGAACCAUCUAUGCUUACGAAACACUGAAUGAGCCUAAAAAGGUAGCUGAGCUGGUUGCGACAUAUCCAGUAAGGUUUAUGAUUUCGAUUUUUCAGGCAGUAUGCAAAAUGUUUGCUCUCUACUCCAACAGGGAUAAAGUGGCCUACUUCUACAACACAGUAAUGUACGAAUUCUGGGACUUCCACGUCGCAGGUUCCAAGAUCGAACAACAAGCCUUCAAACGCUUUUACUUCACGAACAUGAUCGUUCUGUUCCAGUUCAUUCUAUCCAUGAUGUGUUUAGCCCUCUUGAUAUUAUUUCCUUUGGUGGACAUGCCUGAAGGAGUAAGACCUCUGCCCAACAUCAUAUGGACGCCGUUUGAUACCAAUCCGUCUCCAUUACAUGAGAUCAUCUACGUUGUUAUGAUAUGGAACCUUCUGUUAUCAAUUUUAGGAAAUGCCUUCUAUGAUAUUUUGUAUAUGUAUUGCGUGCAGCAUCUUCUUGUACAGUACAUGCUCCUUAAGGAGCUGCUGAGGAGACUGACUCAAGGUAUCGAGCACCAUCGCUCUGAUUUGGAGCGAUUCAACUCUCAAAGUUUUCAGAGCGUUGUCAUGGAACGAUUGAAGAUAUGCGUGGAACAUCAUGCCAAGCUACUGCGCUUUGGUAGAGAACUCGAACGGUUCUGCUCCCGGAUUUUGACACCUCAGCUGUUCAUGAGCUACGCAGUCCUUGUUAUCAACGGUUACAUACUAAGUGUUGAUCAUGCCGAUUUUACCAAAACUACUAUGUUAUUCAAUCUGACUGGUUCUUGUAUGAUACAACUUGCAUUUUAUGCCAUUCCAGCUUCAGAUUUGAGAGAACAGAGUAUUUCUGUGAUAGACGCAUUAGAAAACUCAGACUGGUACCUCUUCAAAUCACCGUUGAAGAGAGCCUUAGUUUUUGUGAUGAUGAACACAGAAAAAGGGAUCACGAUCACAGCUGGUGGGAUGGCUAACGUUGAUAAUGAAGUUCUUAUUGCCGUGGUUCAGAAAGCUCUAUCAGCUAUCACCCUACUGAGAGCGCUAAUUGAAGAUUAGCACAAUUCCGUAACAGAACGUUACAUGACUAGAGCGUAGUGAUAUUGUAGUAUCAAUGUUAAUAUCAAAGCAUCUUCAAUAAAUACAGAAAUGAUAAUGCUG